AUGUCGGACAAUGAAGCGGUCGUCGAGAAUGGAAUCGGCUACGAAUAUAAGAAGCCACCAGAGACAUCGAUCAACGAGCUAUUGAAUAAGGACACGAAUGAUGAAUCUCUAAAAGUUUACAAGGAGAAACUUCUUGGACAAGGAAACGUUGUUAUUGAUCCGAAUGAUCCGCGUCGUGUGCUUGUCCGAAGUGUUGAGCUUAUGAUUGAAGGAAAGGAUCCUGUGGUUCUCGAUCUUUCUGAUCCGACGAAACUCAAAACUUCUGAAAUGUCUUUGACAAUCAAGGAAGGAUCGAAUUAUCGACUCAAAUUCUCGUUUCAUGUUCAACGUGAAAUUGCUUCUGGACUUCAUUAUAAACAUAAAAUCAAGCGCUCUGCGGUUACUGUGGGAACCGAGACAUAUAUGAUGGGAAGUUUCGCGCCGAAAACGGAAAUUCAGGAAUCGCUCUCUCCCAUGGAAGAAGCACCAUCCGGAAUGUUGCAUCGCGGAAAAUACAAGGUUCAUUCAGAAAUCACCGACGACGAUAACAAUGUAUAUCUUGAUUGGAAAUGGACCUUGCACAUCACCAAAGACUAA